GUAAAAUAUGAAACCUAAUUUUUAUACACCCAAAACCCUAACACCCUUUCCUUUUUCUCACGUCACCGUCGCCGCAGCUUUGAAGAUUUUCACGUUAGCUGUUGAGAGCUCUGCCGUCGAGGUCGCAGUCAACCAGGGUUUCUGAAUUUGGAUUUUGGUUUCAUCAAUGGGGGGAAAGAAGAAAGAGAGGAUCCAGAAUCCCCAGCCCUUCCUUGCCGAAGACAAUAAUGAGUCACUGUCUUCGAAGAAGCGUGCCAAAUCUAGUGAGGGCCGGAAGCAGCAUCAGAUGGAAGAGAAGCUUGUUCCUUUCGGCAUGAGCUCCAAGAUACUCAAAGCGGCUCUGGCUCAGCAGAGAGAGGUUGAGGAUGAAGAGGUCCUUGCUCAAAAUCCUAACAAUUCUCUAUUGACUAUAACCGAAGAGCCGCCUAAGGAUGAAGAUGAAGUGGACGAAGACAUUGAUAAAUUUACUGGAUUCGAUGAAACUCAGAGCCGCUAUGGCGAUUACGAAGAAAUUGAUGAAGAGGAUGAGAAACUACUCGAGUCAUUCAUGUCAAAAGAUUCUGCUCCUCAACGUACCCUUGCUGACAUUAUUAUUGCAAAGAUUAAAGAGAAGGAUGCUAAUGUGUCUUCAGAAGUACGGCCUAUGCCUCAGCUGGAUACCUCUAUAAUUGAUUUGUACAAGGGACUUGGCAAGUUUCUUAGCAACUAUACAGCUGGUAAGAUACCUAAGGCGUUUAAACACAUACCUUCAACGAUAAACUGGGAGGAUAUUCUGUAUUUGACUGAGCCCGAGAAGUGGUCUCCUAAUGCAAUGUAUCAAGCUACAAGAAUUUUUGCAUCCAAUUUGGGUGUCAUGAGGGCAGAACGCUUUUACAAGCUCGUCUUGUUGCCACGGGUUAGAGAAGAUAUCCGAAAGAAUAAGCGUUUGCAUUUUGCUCUGUAUCAGUCUCUGAAAAAGUGUGUUUACAAACCUGGUGCCUUCUUUAAAGGAAUACUAUUUCCUCUAUGUGAGUCAAGAACGUGCAAUCUAAGGGAAGCUGUUAUAAUUGGGAGCAUCAUACAAAAAGUUUCAAUUCCACUUCUUCAUUCAAGUGUAGCAUUGUUGAAGCUUGCUGAUAUGGAAUAUUGUGGUACGACAAGUUACUUUAUAAAGCUUCUUUUGGAGAAAAAGUAUGCUCUUCCAUAUCGGGCACUUGAUGCUCUUGUUGCACAUUUUGUGAGAUUUUCAGAUGACACAAGAAUUAUGCCUGUAAUAUGGCACCAAUCGCUGCUUGCUUUUGUGCAAAGGUACAAGAAUGAACUGCAGAAGGAAGAUAAAGAUAAUCUGAGAGCUCUUCUUGAAAAGCAAAAGCAUAAACUAGUUACUCCUGAGAUUAGCAGGGAGCUAAAUAAUAGCCACAAUCGGGGUGAGAAGGAAGAUGAUCUUAUGCUAAUUGCUUCCCCUAUUUCUGUGAUCAAUAAGACCAUUGAAGAGGAUAGAUUUGAUAUUCCAGAGGUUCCUAUGGAGGAAGAUUGAUCAAUUACUCGGCAAAGUGUUGUUGCAGCAAGAAAAUUCUGUCAAAAUUAUAUGGAGUUUGGACCUCUUAUCAGAUUGAUGUAGUGAGUGGUGAUGACUGGUAACAGAAGUUGGCAAGGGAAGUAUAAAAGUUUUCCUUUUCCUGGGAGAAGACAUAAUUCUGGUCGUUUAGAUGUGAAACAUUUGUGGGGCCGAGUCCUGAGUGGAUUUAGUUGAUAGUUUAUUUUUUAAUUUUUUUCACCAAUUACUAAGGCUUUGUUUUGGAGUGUGGAUUUUUACAGGAAAAGAAAAUGUAAAGGAAAAAAAGACAUUUUCUUAUGUUUUGGCAAGGGAAAAUUAAAGUGUGGAAUGAAAAUGAAAGAUUAUCAAACCCAUAGAUAAAAACUAGGGAAAUUUACACUACUUGUUACAAUUUUUUUUAUCACACUAUUAUGGUAAUUUUUUUAUAUUUAUAGUUUUUAGUACAUUUAUAUAUUAUAUUUACUUGGUUACAAA